CCGUUACGAGGGCCACAAACCGGAUAUAAUCAUCUACGAGCUGGUUUGUGGGUUUUUUUUUUCUUUUUUUCUAAUUGUAUCCUCGAACGGGUCUCGCCGAUGUGUUUUCAUGUAGUCUGACUACAGAUAUGCCACGCUACUGCGCUGUGAGAGUUUGCAGAAACCGUGGGGGGACUGCAUCAAGACAAGACAACAAGAGAAUCAGCUUCUACCCGUUUCCUUUGCAAGACAAGUCCAGGCUUCAGAAAUGGGUGAGCAACAUGAAGAGGGAGCAGUGGACCCCUAGUAGACAUCAGUAUCUGUGCAGUGAGCACUUUACAGCGGACUGCUUCGAUAUUCGAUGGGGAAUCCGGUACCUGAAGAAUACAGCCAUCCCCACCAUUUUUCCUUCUAGUGAAGAUGACGAUGAGAAGAAAACGACAAACCUGAAAAGAAGCCUCAAGGCUAAAACCAACAUUUCACUCGGUGAUCCUGAGCUUGCAACAUUCGACUCUCCUGCCAGUAAAAAAAGGCCACUCAUUUUGAGCAAAACAGGCAGAAAGUCCCAGUCAGCAGUGAUAAACAAUAUGUCUGGGGAGCGCACAGAGAUGGUAUUUGAACCUGCAGUGUUGGACUCUCAUUUAGAACGUUCUGAGAUACAGACUGCUGCUUGUGAGAAACCACUUGAUGGUGAAACGGCAGCACAGUCUCCAAGCAGGGAACUCUGUUCUGAAGAGCAGGCCGAGUCCACUGUGACUGUAUUGUGCUGUGAGCCAGGUUCAUUUUCUGAUGCAGGGGCAAACAUGGAUGGAGAUGCAUUCCAGGCAGUGCUGGGUCAGGCUUUUAGCUUUGUCCCCAUGGAACUGGUCAAGGACAAAACCACAGGCUGUUUUUUAGCAGAGAGUGGACUCACUGAUGAAGAGAAGGUUUCUGUUUUUGAGCAUUCGUACUGCAGACCGGAUACUGACAAAGAUGAGCUCUGGAGGAAGAUCUUGAGUUUGCACGCAAAGAUCUUAGAACUGGAUCGCAGGGAGGAGAGCACGGUGGCUAAGAUCCGUGCCCUGGAGAACGAGGUAGCCCUCCUGAAGAGGGAUGGUGCUGUUUUUAAAGAGAAGCAGAAAGUUUAAAAGAGUGUAUAUCAUCUGUGCUGGUCUGAAUUUUUACAAGAUGGAACGAGAUGUUAAUAUAUUCUUACAGUUAAUUUGCUUUUGUAGAAAUGUUGCAAAUGCUUUCAUACAAACCUUACACAAAGCACACCAGAAGACGCUGCGCUUCAGUCAUAUGUCUGCUGGAUUCCUUAAUGCUGACCUGAAUUUAUGCGUACACACAUAAUAAAGUCAGACCAGCCUCAGACCAUGCAUAUCCUCAAAGGAUGAAGCCAUGGCUGUUUUAGACAAUUUAAACACAAUUUCUAACAAAAUAAUAUAGCAAAUACCUAAAAAAAAAAAGAAAUGACAAUAAUAACAAUGUAAUAUAUAUUCAUGUAUUCAUUUACAGUUUUAAAAAUGUAUAAAACUAUAACACAGAAAUAAGUGUAAUGCAUUCUAAUGAAGAAAACACAAAAUAUGUUUUACAUAACACAAAAAUGGGCAUACCUUAUCACACCUGUGAUCAUAUCCCAGCUUUAAGUGGUUAAAAUGGGGGACAGAUAACAAUAAUAAUACUAAUAAUAAUAAUAAUAAUAAUAGUAAAUAAGCAUGGCAUUGAUGUGCUUUCAUCAUUGGUCCAUUUAUUGCGUCUUUAACAUCAAACCUUUGUACUUCUGUCUGAACAGAAGCUUAUAUGAUGUGGGUUUUUUCUCCUCUUUUUUAACCAUUACGACUGCUGUGCAAACACAGAGUUCAUGUUCAGUAAGCUCACAGCUUUCUCCACCAUACACAUCACUGUCUCUCCACGCAUUCCUAUAUAGAGAAAUGUGGGGUGGAACAAUGUGGCACAUGCCUGUUGGGUUAUUAUCAGUAUAGUGAUGAGGAAAACUGGCUGGUGUCCAUGUUUGAUUGAAUGAAUGAAAGAAGGCCAUUGUGCCUCAUUUUAUCCAGCUCAGUGUUCUACAAAACGGUUCCCUGCUUCUGUUAUUACACACGUGUAUCAGAUCAUCUUUAAGGUUCCACCUGCUGGAGCUGGAUUACAGCUUCUCAGUGCUUUGUUACAGUGCAUAAUUAUUAUUAUUAUUAUUACGGGAUGCAGUGCAGAAGUUUUAGGAACCUAAGAUGUGGUAUCUGAACGGACGCAAAUUCUGCAACAUGACUGCAAUCCAGAGACAUAAAGAACAAGAGCCCUGCAGCAGAUGCAUCUGAGGUGCUGCAAAAGAGCUGGGGCAACUUCUCUGAGAUGCUUGGAACGGCCUUUCUGCUGAGAAGCUUGAAAAACUGUGAAAGUUUUCUUGUUCUUGCUGUUUCAAAGUUGGCCACGCCAAAAAUGCAUUACUGCACUUUAUAUAAGUUUACUAAAUAAAAACUAUUAUUUGUGAGAAUGUUUAGUGCCUAAGACUUGUGCACAGUA